CUGUUAUGUUUCAGAGAAGGCGAGUGGAUAUUCUCGACAGAACAGGGUCGCAGAACAUUGCGCCAACAAGCUGAUAAGGAUCGCCUGGCAGUUGUGACGUUGUCGCGAUCUCAAACUUACUCGUCAUUGAAGGAAGUCCAAGAUGAAUUGGGUCCGUUCGCUACUAGGUUCGAUCCACGGGAGAGCCUCGGCCUAAUUGACUUCCUAUCCACUGGAGAUGUCGAUGUGCGUGUGACCAAAGCAUCCGGUGAAUCCUCGGUAAAUGGAAAAUGGACGGUUGAAGACGUUGUCGUAGAUGGCCAAGAAUACAGGCGGCUUAUUUUCCUAUCUAGCAGUAAUGUUAUCCAGUCUGAAGCUCUACUGAGAAAUAAAAAAGGCGGAAAGAAAGGGGUUGAUCUGGAAAAUUUGAGUUGCGAUCAUCAUAUUCUCAUGUUAUCUGGGCUAGCCUUAUUGCCUCG